AUGAUAUUGGACAGAUUUCACAAUAAAUUCCACGGGUCAAAGGGCAAGAGAUCAGAUAAGGUGGAAGAUACGCUCUCAGAGGCAGAAAACAAGAACCGAAUGUCCCUACUAGCAGAGGAGCCAGAAGAUAUGGAUUGGAUGUCCAUUGACGAACAAGAAUGUGACAGAAAGGAGUUGAAGCUGAAUACACAGCUGGCUUCAACUAUAGCCCAAGAAGGUGUCUCUACACCUAUAAUGACGCCUACGACGCAACCUAUGAUACCCUACAUGUACAUGAACCAAAGAAAACAAGGCAGUGUUUCUUCACUUGCGAGUUCGGUUUCGGACCUGCAGUUCGUCCCUUCAAAUGCAGCGCGCCCAGCAAAUGGCUCUCCGUUUACUCAGCAAUUCAUAAGGCUUAUGAUGGACGUGUAUCAGGAAGUAUGCUCAGAUCCAACCGUUACUCCGUUUGACACAGCUAAUCCGCCCUCCGGUAUUCUCAACAAAACUGCCAAAGCUGCUGUUGAGAACGCGGAGUUCUCGGGAGUAGAAAUUGGUAAGGAGAAGAACGCUUGGCUAAUUACCUUUGUCCGCCAAAGACUCCUGCAUGAAGUUAGGAAAGACGGAUUUCGGUCGCGAAAUAGUUCAAUGGUAUCGCUUCCACCUAUGCCUCAAUUUGGUCCCAGUGAAGCAUCUACUAUGCCACCUACUGAUUAUUUCAAUAUCAAUACUGAGGUCACUCCGCAGCAUCUUUUGUCUUCCCCAUUCACUAACUCUUCGAUAAAUGUCAACCAGUCACAACCGCUACAAUCUCCAUUCGAACAUAGGCCCGUACAGCCGAAAACUCUUCUUCGUUCCAGGAACGACAGUUUUAUCAGUGCUGCGGGACGAAGUAGAAGCGGCUCAACUAUUUACUCCAUGCCUCAACAACUCCAAACAUCAUCAAUACAGCAAAUAGGAAACGUACCGGCCCAAGGAAACGCAAGGUCAAGGUCUGGUAGUAAUAACUUUUUUAUGUUAACACCGACAAAUUCAAUCGCGGGCGAGUCACAAUUACCAAUAAUAUCGAGACAGAGAAGCAACACCUCAAGGACUUUUGAAGAAAUGAUGAACAUGGAAAUAAUCGAAAGAAAAAGAGAGGGAUUUAAGGACCAAAGAGGGGGACCGCAAUUCCAGUAA